CUCUGGCGGCCUCGGUAAGCUCCGAGCCCUGGGGUAGGGCCUGUCCCGGGCUGGGGUGGGUGCCGUGCAUGAGCACGCUUUCCCCAGCCGUGUCCCGGAGGUGUCUUGACUGUUAGCGGGCCUGUGGUCUUGCUGCUUUCUCUUGGUUUGUUAAGCUUGGCUUCAGUGACUGGAGUCGAGGUCUGCUGUAAAAGAUAUUUGGCCUCUUCUUCUGAGGGCUGGUCUAGUUAUGACCACAGCGAGCUGUGCUGCCUGCUUGAUUUCUGUCAUCUAGCGUGUGUCUGUAAGCUUAUGAGCUGUUUGGUGUUUUUUAGUAGUGCUCUUAGCUUGUGAAGUUCAUGCUGAUGAUUUGUCCCAGUUGGUGUGGCUACGUAGGAGCAUCUAGAGAAGUAUGAGGAAUUUGAUAAAGCUCUUCAAUUCAACUAUGGCUAAUUGUUUAUUGACUGUGAAACCUUUCGGAAGGCUUGGGUUCUCCCCUCCCCAUGUAGGUUUUUGAAGACAACGUGAAGUUCCCCAAAUACUUCUGCUUUGGAAACCUUGGUUAAAGGCAAUAGAAGUUGAAAACACCCUCUUGAAAACACCCUCCUCGCUUUGCUUGAAGCCUCCCCACUGUCUUCAACAUGGCUGGUGGCAUUACUGAUACGGGAGAGCUUUACUCUCCCUAUGUUGGUCUGGUUUACAUGUUCAACCUCAUUGUCGGAACAGGAGCCCUAACCAUGCCGAAGGCCUUUGCGACAGCAGGGUGGCUCGUCAGCCUUGUUCUCCUAAUGUUCCUGGGAUUUAUGAGCUAUAUGACUACGACCUUUGUGGUGGAAGCCAUGGCUGCUGCAAAUGCCCAGCUACGAUGGAAGAGAAUGGAAAAACGCAAGGAGGAUGAUGAGGAUGAGGAUUCUUCCUCUGGAGUAUCUGACAGUGAUGUUCUCCUCCAAGAUGGCUAUGAGCGAGCAGAGACACGACCUAUCCUGUCAGUUCAGAGACGUGGCUCACCCAAUAUCUUUGAAAUCACUGAGAGGGUGGAAAUGGGCCAGAUGGCUUCCAUGUUCUUCAAUAAAGUGGGUGUCAACCUCUUCUAUUUCUGCAUAAUUAUCUACCUCUACGGAGACCUGGCAAUCUAUGCAGCAGCUGUACCGGUCUCUCUCAUGCAAGUGACCUGUGCCACUGGCAACCAUUCUUGCAGUGUUGGAGAUGGCACAAAGUAUAAUGAUACAGACAAGUGCUGGGGGCCAAUUCGACGAAUUGAUGCUUACAGACUGUAUCUGGCAGCAUUCACUCUCCUCCUGGGUCCUUUCACCUUCUUCAAUGUGCAGAAGACCAAGUAUCUUCAAAUCAUGACGUCCCUCAUGAGAUGGAUAGCUUUCAUCCUCAUGAUUAUUCUGGCCCUCAUCCGCAUCAGCAGAGGCCAAGCUGAAGGUCACCCGUCCAUGGCCCAGCUAUCAGGCAUCCGCAAUCUCUUUGGGGUGUGCGUCUACUCCUUCAUGUGCCAGCACUCCCUGCCAUCCCUCAUCACACCCAUCUCCAAGAAGAAGCAUGUCAACAAGCUCGUGCUGCUUGAUUACAUCCUGAUCCUGGCUUUCUACAGCCUCCUGUCCUUCACUGCCAUUUACUGCUUCCGCAAUGACACCCUCAUGGACAUGUACACGCUCAACUUCACCAACUGUGAGAUCAUCAACAUUGCCUUCAUUCGCUACUUCCUGGGCCUCUUCCCCGUCUUCACCAUCAGCACCAACUUCCCCAUCAUUGCAGUGACCCUGCGCAACAACUGGAAGACCCUUUUCCACAGAGAAGGAGGGACCUACCCGUGGGUGGUGGAUAGGAUUGUCUUUCCUGCCAUCACGCUGAUUCCCCCAGUGCUGGUGGCUUUCUGCACCCACGAUCUGGAGUCUUUGGUGGGGAUCACGGGAGCCUAUGCUGGGAACGGGAUACAGUAUCUCAUUCCGGCUUUCCUCGCGUACUGCAGUCGGAAGGACACUCAGCUGGUCUUCGGCAGUGGGACGGUUAACAAGCACCUCUCCCCUUUCCGGCACACUUUCUGGAUUGUGUUCGUGCUUAUAUGGGGCUUUUCUUGCUUUGUGUUUGUGACUGCAAACAUUGUCCUGAGCGAGUCAAAACUCUGAUGUGGGGGUAGCGGCACGCUCCCUCCUGGGCUCCAGAGACUUCAGCAUUUCAGCUCCCCCUCUGGGACUGUGGAGUGGGGGAGAGGCAGCAUGAAGGGAAGUUUCCAGGCCGUUGGCUUGGUGGCACAGGUUAGACCUGGACACAGACUUUCUUCACUCCAUUUUGGGUGUGGAUGGAGUGGACUCAGCCUUGUUACAAUCUGGUUCUCAGACCCACUAUACAAAGCCAUGGGGCUGAGCCCUUGGCAGCCUGCACGAUUAACCAGUGUCCAGCCAUUUCUGCCUUCAGCUCUGUUGGAGCAUCACUUUCUCUGUCCCUGCAGUGGCUCUCUGUGUGCUGCAGGUCUCAGCACACGGGAGAGCAGACAGCCUUGGCUGCUCACUACACUAAUUGGCUAAAUGUCCCUUCUCCCAAAGGCAGGGACGUGCUGUGCAGAAUCUGGCAGGAGUUUGGGAGAACUGAGUCUCUUCUUUCUGCUGAGACCCUUCAAAUCAACCUCCUGUACCAGUUGAGGGAAGAAAUUAGGGUGGGAGUAGACCUAAUUCAGAAGAAAAUAAUUUUGUGCUCUCUUACUUUUUUUUUUUUUUUUCUAGAGGCAUUAACCUGUUUGUGCACCAUGGAUUGCCUGGGAUCUGAGAUCUUUUGCUUAGAGCUGGAAUUCUCCAGCCCAGGAGUUUACAUUCACACUUCUCAUCCUGUUCUCCUGUGCUGUGGCAACCCCAGCCGGACAGAGCAAUGCCCCUACGCAUGCAGGGAUACAGCUCUUCACCCCUGGAAAGGAAACUGCAGCCUUGCUUCCCUUGGCU